AUGGCUUCUUGGAACAAGCGCGACAUCACCAACGAGCAUCUCCUUCCAUACGUCGAUUCCAAUGAUGCGUCACCAGAGGUCGCGUCGGCCCUGAACACGUUGCCAUUUCAGCGCAACAUCUUCAAGUUGCUUGCCAAUGCUCCAAACCAAAUGCCAAUCUUCAUGAAGCUUUUGAGCUCUUGCUGGAGUGCCGACAACUCGCUGCGCGCCACCGACUGGCAAUUGGUUGUUCUGCGAACCGCGGCAACACUGAACGCGCCGUAUGAGUGGGAUGUCAAUGCUCCAGUCGCUGAGGUUCUCGGCUUCACCGAAGCUCAGUUCAGCGCGCUCAAGGAUGCGACCAGGCCGCUUCCAGAAGAACUGUUUACGCCACGCAAGAGGCUGUUGGCGAAGCUUGUUGACGAGGUCAAUGCCAACAACAUCGUGUCAGUGGAGAGCAUGAAGGAGGCUCAAGGGGUGUUUGGGGAUCGCGGAGUGGCCGAGUUCUUCUUCUUGAAUGGUGUGUAUGGCUUUUUGGCGCGUUUCAUGAACAGCGCGCGCAUCGACUUUGAUCCGCCCAUCCCGGGUCUGGAGGACAUGUUGCGGAAAUACAAUGCGGCGGCCAUCGAGAAGGAGAAGGCGUAUACCGAUUAG